AUGGCGCAGCAGUCACAGCAACAGCAGUUGUGGAAGAUACUUGGAAACAAGAUCUCCAAGCUAAAUGAAAAUGGAGAAACAUUGCUCCUCUCGGCCGUCAAUGAAGCUAAAAAGGGGUUAGUCAACAAGCUGGUGGAAAAGAUUGCACCAGAUUUACUGGCUGAGACUGACAACUUAGGGAAUACAGCGCUUCACUUAGCAGCAAAAGUUGGACUUGUUGAAGAUGCCAAAAUACUUGUGAAAAAAUGUCCCGGAUUGCUGAAUUGUGAAAACAAAGAGGGACUUUUGCCAAUUCAAUUAGCUGCGAGGCGAGAACAAGCAAUUGCUCGCAGCAUGACUUCUAUGUUGUUUAAAGCCGGCAAGGAAGAUGACAAUCAUUCCAAGCUACUCCACGGAGAAGCUGGUGCUGGUGUUGGUUCGAGUGUUAUGAAAUCUUUAAUAAAAGCAGGAUUUUAUGAUUUGGCUCUUGAUUUACUUGAAUUCAACGAGAAAUUGGCAUGGGAAGAAGAGAAUAUCAGUCCUUUGGAGCAGAUGGCCAAUGAUAAGAAGCAUUCAAUAUUUCAUGUUGCUGUAAUGUACCGUCAUGAAAACAUUUUGAAGAUGGCGCAUGAGAAGAAUAAGCAACGAAAAGAGACUCAAAAUCCUGAUAGCCUUGGAAACACUCUAUUGCAUUUGGUGGGAUCUACACCGCGUCAAGCUGGAAUUGAUACUGACGCCGGAGCUAUUUUUCAAAUGCAGAAUGAACUUCAGUGGUUUAAGAAAGUGAGCGAGCUUGUAACGCCUCAAGAAUUAAAUUCGGAGAAUGAACAAAAAAUGAUACCAUUUGCACUCUUUCAAGUUCGGCACGCUGCAAUGGCUGCAAACGAAAAAGAAUGGAUGACAGGAAUGGCAACUGCAAGCUCAGUUGCAGGAUCACUCGUUGCCACAGUGGCAUUUGCUGCUGCAUUCCAAGCACCCGGAGGAAACGAUUCCAAUGGCAUACCCAAUUUCUCCAAUGGAAGUUCCUUCAUGGUCUUCGCCAUUGCAGAUGCUCUUGCACUUUUUUCUUCUAUCACUAGUGUUCUAACCUUCUUAUCCAUUUUCACCUCCCGCUAUGGAGUUCGUGAUUAUCUUCGUGCCUUGCCCCUCAGAGUGAUAAUCGGUCUAAUUUCGAUGAUCUUCUCUUUCAUAUUUUUAACGAUUGCAUUUAGUUCUGCAUUAUUUAUUGUAUUUGUUCAUAAACAUGACCUGAUUCGAGUACCAAUAGUCGCACUCUCUUGCAUACCAGUGAUCUUGUAUGCCAAGCUUCAGCUUCCUUCCCUCCUUGCUAUGAUCAAAUCCACAUUUUAUCCAAGCAUUCUCCAUUGGUAG